AUGACAAUCUCUGAUACCGAAUCCAUGGCGGACAUCGGAAUUUGUGACUUUCCGUGCACUACGGAGGAGGAGAGACGUAUCGUGACGGAGAUGACUAAAGAAGCGGAGGCUAAUUUGAAAGAGGGAAACUUGUAUUUCGUCAUCUCAAACAGGUGGUAUACAAGCUGGGAGAGAUGUGUUGGGAUACCAACAGAAGAAUUUUCAAGUGUAGAGCUUUCAGAAGCUGCCAGGCCCGGACCAAUUGACAAUCAUGAUAUUAUUGAAAGUGAAAGUGACGCUAGUGAUCCACAGCUUCGUCGGAUGUUAGAGGAAGGGGUCGACUACGUUUUAGUUCCUCAAGAAGUUUGGAGAAAACUUGUGGAAUGGUAUAAAGGAGGUCCUCCAUUACCAAGGAAGUUGAUCAGUCAAGGGUUUUUCAAUAAGAACUAUAGUGUGGAGGUUUACCCACUUUGUCUUCAGUUGACAGACGAUAGAGACGGACCUAGUACGACCAUAAGGUUGAGCAAACAGGCUUCUAUUAGUCAACUUUAUGAGAUGGUUUGUGCUGUAAAAGGGGUAGCGAAAGAAAAGGCUCGCAUCUGGGAUUACUAUGAGAAGAGGAAAAUGAAACUCUUGGAUCCUUCAUCUGACUUGAGCUUGGAGGAAUCGAGCCUUCAAAGAGACCAAGAUAUUCUUCUUGAAGUCGAUGGGUCUGAAUCUUCUCAAUAUGACAUAAGCUUGGCAGGAAAUGAGUUAGCUCUGGUACCUCUAGAGGCUACAAUGUCAGAUGCUACGGAUCUUAUGCUUGAUGGGGGGACCUUAUCUUAUGGUCAUUCCAAUGGUUCCAAGUUUUGGAGAAACGCAUCUGAAGAUGAUGCUUGUGAUUCCUCGAGUGCUUUUGGGAAAGGAAAGAGGAGGGGUUUAGGAGGAUUGCAAAAUUUGGGAAACACAUGCUUCAUGAACAGUACUCUCCAGUGUUUGGCCCAUACACCGCCUAUUGUUGAAUAUUUUCUACAAGAUUACAGUAACGACAUAAAUACAGAGAAUCCUUUGGGAAUGCGUGGUGAGCUUGCGACUGCAUUCGGUGAACUUUUGAGGAAAUUGUGGUCAUCUGGACAGAAUACAGUUGUGCCACGCUCUUUCAAGGCAAAAUUGGCUCGAUUUGCUCCACGAUUUAGUGGUUAUAAUCAGCAUGAUUCUCAAGAAAUGCUUGCUUUCCUAUUGGAUGGGCUCCACGAAGAUUUGAACAAGGUAAAACGAAAACCUUACAUUGAAGCUAAAGAUUCAGAUGGUCAUCCAGAUGAUGAAGUAGCCGAAGAGUUGUGGAAAUAUCACAAGGCUCGAAACGACUCUGUGAUCGUUGAUGUCUGCCAAGGACAAUACAAGUCAACACUAGUCUGCCCAGAUUGUGGAAAAAUCUCAGUCACCUUUGAUCCCUUUAUGUACUUAUCUUUGCCAUUGCCAUCAACUCGCACUCGAUCAAUGACAGUUGCAGUGUUUUAUGGUGAUGAAAGCCGUCUUUGGACGCCAUACACUGUAACAGUUCUUAAAGAUGGUUCUUGUAGAGAUCUCACUAAUGCAUUAGGCACUGCUUGCUGCUUGAAUAAUGAUGAAAGCCUUGUACUCGCAGAGGUUUAUGAUCACAAGAUCUUUAGAUAUUUUGAAGAUCCCCUGGAGUCGUUGACUGCGAUAAGAGACAAUGAGCGUAUUGUGGCAUAUCGGUUCAACCAUAUGCACAAAGGACAAGGGAAAGUCAAACUCGAAAUUCUUCAUGGAGAGCUGGAAAAGUCUAUUCUGACUUUUGUAAGUCGCAGCCCAAAGCGCUUUGGAAUUCCUCUUGUCACUUAUAUCAACGCAGAACCACUUAGUGGAAUUGACAUUGAUGCAAUUAUCUCUGGAUUGCUGUCACCUCUGAACCGGAUUCAUUCAUCAUCUAUAGUUGAUAAUGGAGAGGAAAAAAGGCACAUUCCAGAUGUUGCUGAUGAAACAUCCGGAAGGUUAUCUUCUAAAGACGUUGAAACGGAAAAUAACACGCCUGAUGAUAGACAGUUAUCCUUUAGCCUCUUCUUGACAGAUCGACAUUUUUUCAGUGUCAAGCCACUUGAGUCCGAUUCAGUUGUGAAACCUGGUAGUGUUACAAGUGUUCUGGUCCAGUGGAACGAGAAAGAGCAUGAACAAUAUGAUUCCAGCUACUUAAAUGAUCUACCAGUGAUUUAUAAAACAGAUUUCUUUGCAAAGAAGGCGGCGGAGCAAGAGAGGAUAUCUUUGUUUUCGUGUUUGGAAGCUUUUCUAGCAGAAGAGCCUCUUGGACCAGAUGAUAUGUGGUAUUGUCCUGGUUGCAAAGAACACAGACAAGCCAACAAGAAGCUAGACUUGUGGAAGUUGCCAGAUAUCCUUGUUGUCCACCUGAAACGGUUCACGUUUAGUAGAUAUUUCAAGAACAAGAUUGAUACAUUUGUGAAUUUUCCGAUUCAUGAUCUAGACUUGAGCAAGUAUGUGAAGAACAAAGAUGGCCAGUCAUACCUUUAUGAGUUGUAUGCCAUUAGCAAUCAUUAUGGUUUCAUGGGCGAUGGUCACUACACCGCCUUUGCUAAGUUGAUGGAUGAAAACGAAUGGUACGAUUUCAAUGACAGCCAUGUUUCAGGUGUAAAUGAAUCUGAGCUCAAGACUUCGGCCGCAUACGUUUUGUUCUAUCAAAGAGUGAAGAAAAGUGAACCAGAGAAAUCGAAUAUGGAUAUGGAUUAG